UGCUUUCAUAUUUCUGACAGAAUUCAGCAAUAUUUUAGUGGUACUUUGUAUUUAUUCAAUAUUAGUAGUUAAUCAUUUUGUAAAUACGAACACAAUGGUAGACCCAUUUCACCCAUAAAGUGAAAUACAAUGGCUGAUGUCGCAUUUGAUGAUGCAGCUUGGCUUCGUUGCCUUCUUUCCAGUAUUCAACUUGAACAAUUCUUUUUAAAACUAAGAGACGAACUACAGAUUAGGCUGGUAGGAAAUGAGGCUAGUAGUUGGGGUUUUUAGUUGGGGGUUAGUGCUCAGCAGAUGUCGCAAGUUCAUGAUCCACUACCACAAAGUUACACGUCUUUCUCACUUUGAUUUUGUGAAAAGUGAAGACCUUGACAAGAUAGGGCUUGGAAAACCCGCGCAGCGGAGACUUUGGGAUACCGUUAAGAAAGCAAAGUUGAAUCUUAAAAAAAAUCGCUUUGGAAGAAAGAAAACUGUUUCGAAUUCAUUGGAAGAAAAAAGUUUGGGUUUGGUGCUCGGUGCGGGGUUGACUUGUUUUAUUAGUGAAAAGGAACUUGUGCUUCAAGAAAAAAUAGGAAGUGGCUCGUUUGGAUUUGUACGAAAAGGAGAAUGGACAUCACCUAGUGGUGCAAUUGUUAAAGUUGCUGUUAAAUGUUUAAAGCAAGAAAUGUUAAACGAUCAAAGUGUGUUUGAUGACUUUGUGAAAGAAGUCAACACAAUGCAUAUGCUGGAUCACCCAAAUCUUAUUCGUUUAUAUGGAAUAGUAAUUUCAUCUCCAAUGAAAAUGGUAACAGAGCUUGCACAGUUUGGUUCAUUGCUUGAUUGUUUACGAAAGAGCAGUCGUCAUCUUUUAUUUACAUUGUGUGAAUAUGCCGUUCAAAUUGCCGUUGGAAUGGCUUACUUGGAACAUAAACGCUUCAUUCAUAGAGAUCUUGCUGCACGCAACAUCUUGCUUUCUUCAAAAGAAAAGGUGAAGAUAGGAGAUUUUGGAUUGAUGAGGGCUUUAGAUAAAAAUGACGAUCAUUAUAUUAUGAGAGAAAAACGAAAAGUUCCAUUUGCCUGGUGUGCCCCUGAAUCACUGAAAUUGCGUCAAUUUUCACAUGCAAGUGAUGUUUGGAUGUUUGGUGUUACUUUGUGGGAAAUAUUCACAUAUGGUCACGAACCAUGGCUUAGUUAUAAUGGAGCACAGAUUUUACACAAGAUUGAAAAAGAAAAUGAACGAUUAUCUCAACCGGACAAUUGUCCUGAUUCAUUUUACAUUAUCAUGCGAAAGUGUUGGAAACUUGCUCCAAGUGAAAGACCUUCCUUUGCACAAAUAAAAGAGAUGACAAAAAAUGGAUUUCCGGAAGAAUUAAAAGCAACAAGUUCAUUGACGGAAGCCGGGCGUUUGUUUGUUGAUGUGGGAGAUUCAUUGACUGUGUUACGUGGCAGAGCAGACAAUUACUGGUGGAGAGGUCAGAAUAAACGAACAUUAGAAGUUGGAUUGUUUGCUCGGCACAUUUGUGCAAGAGGUGCGUAUUCUUGUGAUGAUAUCAGUGCUCCCUUGAAAUGUUCGUUUAUUCACACCGGACAUGGAUCAAUUGAUCCACUACAAAGUUGGGGAAAUGUAGAUAAAAUAGAUGAAUUAUACCUCAGCAAUCCGAUGGAACCACCAGAUCUUAUCGACAUGUCCACAGUUUUAAGUGACAGCUUACCUCAAGAAAACACUUGGGACGCGAAGGUUCAUCCUGGCCACGCUAAUGGUGCGUAUGAACAAAACGAAUCAAAAAUACUGGAGAGGAAAAAACUUCAUAAGUUGACAAAGAAACGACAAAAAUGGCAGCAAUUACCGAAAGCUUCAACCACGAAAUCGGAUUCGACUACCGGCGACGGCUCUGAAUAUCAAAAGCAAUGUUCCCCGGUUAUUAUCGAACCAUCGUCUACUGAUGUAAAACCUCACCGUCAGAGAAGAAUAAAACCCGGAAAAUGGAAAGAAACAUCAGAAGUAACGGAUCCUACUUCACUUUUAGAUGAAAGUGCAUCUUCAGACCAACUUCCUUCCCCGAUAAAACCACAUGAUGCCAAUCACCUUUUCCUGGAAAAUAAGCAAGAUUUGUUGAAUCCAGUCUUUCAAGAUCAAUCGGCUGCGUAUGAUACUGUAGCGCCGGAUGAAGACCAGUCACACGAUGACGUAUUUUCGCGUCCGUCGCCAACGUGGCUUAAUGACCAAGGAAUGAACGCAUGGGACGUACGUUUCCCGACCACGACAAAUGAUUCAAACGAUGAGACAAUGGCAUUAAUCAAAGCUUUAAAGCUGAGUUCCCUGCAACAAGAAACACACAGUGUUCCACAAACAGCCGCAUCUUCAGCAUCUCUUAAUCAAAACGCAUCAAAAAUCGCAGCUGAUGAUUUUGAAGACCUUAAGAAUGAAAUGAUGAAGAAAUAUGGUUUUGUUGGAGCUGUGAACUCCGGUAGCGAGACCAGUUUGUCUUCACUUUCAUCUUCAACAUCAAGCCUCGUAACGACAUCUGUGGAUCAAGCAACCGCUUCAUUUGAGUCGGUUCGUGCGCUGUGUGCUGAAGAACGAGGACAUCGAGGUUUUGACCGGUUACGACCGGAUCCACUCCCACAACGCUCGUUAACACCCAAGCCCCGAUCAAGUUCAACCACCGUCACCAGUAAAGAAGUUAACUGGUGUGACAUACCACCUCUUAUUCCACCACGGGAACCUGUCAGACUUGCAAGGGUUUCUCCUCACCGACAUUCCUCCACACCAUCCCCAACCUCAUGUUCCUCAACUGCUGACUCAUCUUUACUCCAAUCCUCCGCAUAUUCAAAACCGAAGCAUCCGAGCCAGUCUUCCACAACCUCUGUGUUUUCAGCCCUCCCACCAAACAUGAGUGGUUCGAAUCCGGUCAUCCUGCCAAUAAUGAAGGACGGCAAGCAAGAAAGCUUCACUCAUUAUUAUCUACUCCCUGGUGACAACCGGAUGGAAGAGCAAAUAAAGAAAAAACAAGAACGAGAUCAACCACUGCAUGGAAUAUCUCGUCCCACGCCGUCAGCUCGUGUAGUUCCUCUCAUCCGAUCUAGUGCCCCGCCCCCACCACGCCCACCGCCACCUCUAUCAUCUGGAUAUGGUCAGGCCAUUGCACUCACUCGUACGUCAUCAAGCACCCCCACACCAACAGUCAUUCCUAUUGCAUCAGCAAACCCAGCUCUCACUUAUCCACCGCGCCGACUUUCGCCAGCACACCACACACAAGCGAAUUUUAGUAUAUACAAGGACAUGGGCCCAGGACAGAAAGUGGUGGCUGUUCAAUCGGAAGUUUUUGGUGUAACAGAUGAAGAAUGCCAAUCUGCUUUAAGACUUAACUCGUGGGACGUUCUUAAAACGAUCAACUAUUUAAAGAUAGAGCAAUUGUUUCGGAUCGGGGUUUCAAGCCGAGAACGUUGUCAACAAAUCCUCCAAGCUGCUGCCUGGGAUCUCCAGUCUGCAUCACGAUUUUUACUUUUAGAACACCAUCAACAAAAUAAUACAAUCUGAGUUAAACUUUCUGGUGCUUUCUUCAUUUCGGUGUUGCUAGAAUAUUCAUUAUAAUUUGUCAAAGUAGGGUAAAAAUAUUUAGUCAAAUCAACGGCAUUUUUAUUUUGUUUUUUUUUGCGUAAAGCCAUUCACUUUUGUGUUAUUGUUGUUAAAAUAUUUUAUCUAUUACUCCAAUAUUACCUUUGAAUUGCAGUAUUCACAGCAGACAGCAGUUUGUUGCUCUGAUGUUUUACUACCACUUAUUACUGUUCAUCGAUUUUAUUGUUUUAUUUUUAUAUACUUCUGUAUCUGCCGAAUCAUUUUGAACUAUCAAAUAUGAAUUCAACUAUUUCAACCACAA